UCUAACUCUAGAUGUUAAUAUACACAUGAAACUAAUCUCAAUGAAAACCAACCCCAAAAAAUGCAUGAAAUCAGAUGAUCCAGUGGGUAUAUAUUGUGAAAGCUGCACACAGUAGCAUAUGUAGAACUAGACUGUUUGGAAUGUGAAGAAUUGGGGCAUCGCAACAACAAGCUUGUAUUUUCCUGUUUUUUUUACAAAAUCUCAGACAUUUUUAACAGAUAUGUGAGGCAGCCCAAGGAAGGAGACAACAACAUCUCUGGUUCUGUGAGAGAGAUGAAGUUUUCCUCUACACUGAAAUCAGGUGCCAGAGCAUUGACAGUAUUCCCCCAAUAAUGAAUGACCACAAGAAAGGUAGGGCUUGUUGGAAAACCUAGCUGUCACUAAUUUGAGGAAACAUUACAUUAGGUAUUGAGAUCAGUAUUAAACAUUUGACAGAAGAUAGUGGCGUUUCAGUGUGGACAUUUUACUUUUCUGGUCACUCACCUGUAAAUGAAAAUCAACACAAGGCAAACAGAAGUUAUAAUUUUAGUCCCUUUUUUCAGGUGAGACGCCCUUGCAGGUGACGAAGAGAUAACAACCCCGCAGAAAACUGAGGAGAGGGCUUAGAAUCUUUCUGUUUCAGAUCCAAGUAAAUAUCUGAAACUAUAACGUUACAGAAGUGCAGGAAAUUAUGCCUCUGUAAAAUCCAAAUAUGCUACUCAGUAAGCUUUCCAUACCUAAUUUCAUAAAAGUGAUAAUGCGCUUUGUAAUCAUUUUUGUCAUUCUGGUAGGAUGCGAAAGUUUAAGCUCCACAUGUUUCCCUGGGUGUAAUAAUACAAAGUUAUGGUCAUUUUGCAUUCCUUCUGGUAAUGCAUUGCAUGGGCACCCUAGCUUUCACGAUGCUUGUCUCUUAUGCACUGCACAGCCGAACCAAGAAGAGUUACCGCUUACUGUACAGAACUCCUCUCAAACAUGCCUCCCUUACACUACACGGGUAGGGGUUAGAGGGUUUACAUUUGGGACACUCUCAGCUCAAAAACUACGACCCCUUCCGCGGCCAACUGUGCAUAUUUUAGCUCUAUAUGAAUGUGGAAUCACAGAUUUGGAACCAGACGUCUUGGCUGCAUUUCACAAGUUAAACUCUUUACACCUUGACUUCAACAUGUUGACUCACGUCAAGCGAACUUGGUUUGACAGUUUAAAGUUUCCAAAGGACCUACACACUAUGUCACUGACACACAACAAUAUCAGUAACAUAGAUUCAAAAUGUUUUGAAAAGCUUGUCGAAUUGAGAGUGUUGCUGCUUGACAAUAACUCACUACAAAGUAUCCAGCCAUCUUGGUUUCACAGUCUGACACGUUUAAACCAACUGUCUUUGAAAUCAAAUUCUAUCAAAAGCAUUCAUUUAAAGGAAACACUGCCACUACUCACCCACCUGGACUUGAGCAGAAAUGCAUUGACCUGUUUGUCCAGGGUCAUUAUGAAUGGGAUGGAAAGAUUUAAAGAGCUGAGUGUAAGUGGAAAUGUAUCCCUAGCUCUCAAUGAUUCUACUACUUUUGCGAUGUACUGGCAUGUUGAUUAUCAUUAUUAUCGCUAUGUAGGUCAUCUCAUUUCAGUACAGGUCGAUAAAUCACUUUUCUGUAUAACCAGUUCUCAACUGAACGGAUAUAACAUCCGGAUGGAACAUGAGUACCUCACAAAACUAGUUCAGCAAAAUGUAGCCCCAACAACACAGUGCAGACUACUGGACAUUUGGUUGACUUCGGGAAACCAGACUUCGGGCAACCAGACCUAUGGUCUACCAGUUGUGGUCAUACCAAAUGACACAGAAUCAGACAAACAUGCCACAAACAUCACUAGCUUGUGCCACCAAGCUUGGAAUGAAGUAGGCUUAGUGAAACUGGCAUUAGGGGAAGACUUUACCAUGAAGAUUGUUCCAAUGGGUGCUGAUGAGUCCUGCAAACCUAAGACUGUUGCUGUAGUUCUAUCCGAUCUCAUCUCCAGUAAAAGCAGGAGCCAAUGGCAAGGUAAUGGUCACAUCAGAGGUUCUAGUAUCUCUGGUCAUGAAGAAAUGAUGGACGUGACAUGUGUUUUCAACUCUGGGAAGAAGACAUUCAGACAAGUCUUUACUGUACCCGUGUCAAGUGCUCCGGAUGGUUCUGUUUGUGAAAAAAAGACAAGCACUGUGCCUGACUCUUCCAGAGGCAUGAUGUGUUCAGAGGAAACAAAGGUUCAGACCACAGAAAAGCCCAAGACAACCAAGAUAGAGCUCUAUCGCACGAACCCUGAUAGAAGUAACAAUGUGACGAUACGGUCAGAAAAGGGCAAACCCAAAAAGGUGGUGGGAUUCAUGAUCGGAUUGUCAUCCGUACUCAGUGUACUUCUGAUAGCAGUCCUCAGUAUAAAGUGUAAUAUCAGAAUGAGGCACUAUUGUUUGCAGCACAACCAAGCGGCUCAGGCUGCUGGCGGUUUGCAGGGACCUCAACAGAGUAUCGCCCCCCUCAAACACUUCAUGAUAAAUGGACCAAACGUCAACGAAACUUCCACAGCCUCAAAUAAUGAGACAGAUGAGGCCACAGAUUGUACGCCAUAUCUUGGCAAUGAGCCACAGUGCAUUGAAAUUCCAGACGAGGACUUCAACUCGCAAAACACUUUGCUGGAGUCUCUCCAUGACUACUGGCUGAUUCCUGAAAGCUAUUUUGACUACGAGAACACACAAUUGAAAUCAGUUCUCCAAUACUGGGAGAUCCCUGAUGAGUACUACAACUAUGAAAAUACCACAGCACGACCUCUGUCAUUCCCUCUGACACAACAGCUGCCUCAGCCGUCUGACGAAGAGGAAGAUGACGCCGUAACUUUCUACACUGCUACAGCUGAGGUGGCCCUUCCUUCAUCAACCAGGCGAGGUGGCAAACAUCCAUCCUACAGCAUGGGCCCUCAGCAAGGCUCACAGAAUCACUUGAUAUAUGGUCGUCAAAGGAAGGCAAGGGUAAGAUCAUGUGGAACUAUGCCACCUAUCAGGGCAACAAACACCAGAUUGUAUGGCAGACCUGUAGCAAGGUACAGGGCCCAAGAUAUAGAGUUAGUUGCAAAGUGUUACAGAACACAGGGAGCUGCAAUGGCUAAAACAAAGCCAUCAAUUUUGUAUAACAACCCAGCAGUGGUGACCAGAUGGCAGACAAACUUUAAGUACUGGGCUAUAAACAAGCCUAACACUUCAAAGAGCAAAAAACAUAGAAAGGAUUAA